AUGGCAGAGCAGAAGCAAGCCGUCAUCGCCGUCGUCGGCUCCCUCAACGUCGACCUCGUCACCCGCGUCCCGCGCGUGCCCGCCGCCGGCGAGACGCUCAUCGGCCACGGCUUCGACACGGGCCACGGCGGCAAGGGCGCCAACCAAGCCGUCGCGUGCGCGCGGCUCUCGCGCACCGCCGCCCAAGCAGCUUCCUCCUCUUCUUCCUCUUCCCCCAAUGACGUCGAAGUGCGCAUGGUCGGCGCCGUCGGCGACGACGCCUUCGGCGGCGCGUUCCUCGAGGCGCUGCGGCGGGACGGGCUGGACGUGGAGCGCGUGCGGGUCGUAGAGGGCGAGAAGACGGGCGUGGCUGUUAUUGUUGUCGAGGAGGCGACGGGCGAGAACCGCAUCAUGGUCAGCCCCGGCGCCAACUACCGCGUCGAGCCGCGCCCGCUGCUCGAGGCCGACACGACGCUCGCCGUGUUCCAGCUCGAGAUCCCGAUGGAGACGGUGCUGUUGAACAUUCGCGAUGCGAAGGAGAGGGGUAUUGAUGUCUUGAUCAAUCCUGCGCCAGCUGUGCCGCUGCCGGAUGAACUGUAUCAAGGUUUGGGCCAUCUCAUCGUGAAUGAGUCUGAAGCAGCGCUGCUGUCAGGCAAGCCGGUGGAAGAGAUUACGCCGAAUUCGGAUUUGACGGCGGUUGCAGCCGACUUCAUCCAGAGAGGCGUCAAGAACGUUAUCAUCACGCUCGGUGGUGCUGGCGUAUUUUAUCAGACAGCGGCUCGGCAAGCAGAGAAGCUUGCGGGUAAGCUAGUCCCAGCUAAGAAGGUCAAGGUGGUUGAUACAACCGCGGCGGGGGAUACCUUUGUCGGGGCAUAUGCCGUGGCUAUUGCCAGGAGCAAGUUUCAGUCUGCGACUGGGGCUUUCGAUAUCGACUCUGCUAUCGCCUUUGCCAACAGAGCUGCCGCACUAACGGUCCAGCGGAAGGGAGCACAGUCAGCAAUCCCCUGGGUCGAUGAAGUGCCAGAGGCUUGA